CAACACUAAUCAAUCUAGUGGUGAAAAAAGAUCUGAACAGGUUCCAUGAGCGCGAGGUGGAUGGGAAAACAAGGCAAAAGAGUGAAUGGCGGUCCUCAACGUGAGAAUAAUUCUUGCAAGAAACAAAGAAACCACGCUGAGCAGAAUUAGAAGUUUCUCCUACACAAGGUCACUACAUCUGUGAUAGGAAAAGAACGAUGCGAAAGCCCCGUCCCGGCCGCUUUGCGGCCGGCGUUGGUGUUUUUUCGUUCUUGCUAACACAUCGAAUCCUGUCGUCUGCUCAUCUUCCCUUCGUGGCCGCUCUGCAACUGCAAAAGCAGCUGCUCAAGCAGUGGAAUCAUGUUGAAAACACGUCGAGGGCUUCCUUCUACAAAAGCAGUACCAACCAGGCCCCGGCCGUGCCUGGCCUCGGUUCGGGGUCCUCACUGCCCCCUUCGCCCGUCGCGUUCUCCUCCGGGAGCAGUCCCGGUAAGCCGGAUGACAAAAAUCCACCGAAGAUCCCGGUGUUGCAAUUCACGCUGCUGCUAGACGGGUUGAACUACCACGAUUUCCUCAAGCCCAGCCACGAGAUAUCCUGAGUAAAAACGUCCCCGGCUGCCCAGGGUCAGGGUGGGAGAUUUGUUGCUACACAAACUAUCUAUAUGCGCUUUGGCUGUUGCGCAUGACAAGUUUGGGUUUAUUGCAGUGGACUACCAGUCUUCUUUGACAAGUGCAGCCGCAUCACAUGUUCGCCUUCUCAUCCUGAUUCGUGCAUGACAACCUGCCAGACGGCAUUGGAAAAAGCCCCUAACGUGGCCACGCAUGAGAAACAUUUGAUGAGCUUGAGCCUUGCGGAUUUGCAUGACAAGCCUGGGAUGUUGGGAUCGUUUUUACGCGGAAUACGAGAACGCGCGCGAGGAAUUGGCGAUCCUGUUGAAGCGGGGCACUUUGGAUAUGAACUGCAAAAGUAUCGUAUUCGUAUAAAUGCAUUACAAAUUUCCUCAGCAUGAGAAAUAAAAUUUGUAAUGCGAAUUUACCUUAAGAGAAAGAUUUGUAAUGCAUGAUUGCAAUACGAGUACGAUGCUUUUGCACAGCAUAUUGGAAGCGUUAGAGGGCAUCAUUCCCCACGCGGAGAAGCGGCUGGGCAGCGCGCCAGGUAGCGGAAGUGCGCCGGCGGGAAGUGGCGCAGUGCCGGCUGGUACUAGUGCCGGAUCAACGUCUGAGGGUCAAAAUCCAACAGUGGGACCGCUGCUGCUCCAAAUGAACAAGCGGUUUAGAAAGACAAGCUCCAGCAGUGAUAGGAAGGUACAACUACGAAAACGAAAGGCUUCAUUACAGAAGAGCAACAAGCAAGAUCCCGAGGAAGAAGAGGAGGAGGAGGAAGAAGAAGAACCGGAGGAGCCAACGGACGCAGCAGCAUCAGCAUCCGACGACGCAGAGCCCCCCGCGCCAGCGACAGCGUCUGCGCCGGCUGUGCAGCCACCCUAUCAAAUGUAAAAAUGUCUGGGUCUGGAAGAAUGCAACUUGUGAUGCUGAAUUUGGAUUCCAAAAAAAUCUGUAUUGCAUGAGCAGCAAAGGGAAUGCAAUUUUUGCUACGCGGAGGGGGAAUUUGUCAUGCGGAAUAGGCAUCGCGAAGCCCUCAAAAAAUCUGUGAUGCUAGGGCAUGCAUCACAGACAUCAUGGCCAAUGCAAAACAUGCAUGACAAGUCUCAGAAUCUUCCAGACCCAGACAUUUUUACUUUUGAUACACCCGCACCCGCAGUGAUGUCGACCUCGAGUCCGAAUAUGGAUUGCAAAUAUGAUGUCCUGGUCUGGAAAUAGAGUCUGGAGGCUGUCAUGCUUGUCUGCUGGCACUCAUGGAAAAUCUGUAUUGCGUGACCAACAAAAGGAGUGCAGUAGAUUCUCUUGUCAUGCAAAAACGCAUAAUGUGCACUAGGAAUAGAAACCGCGUUGAAAACUUGUCAUGCUUGGCUGCAGUUACAUUUGUUUCUUUCAGGCGUUCACACUUCCGCAUCACAAGUUCUUCUUCUUUCCAGACCCAGACAUUAUUUGCACGACUGGAUACCGACGGGCAGCACGCAGUUCUCCUUUUCAGCUGCGUUUGAAACGCAGAACGAGGAACUACUGCAAAAGGAGAAAGAAAACAAGAAGAAUAUGCAAUGCAAAAGCAUCGCAGUAGUAUAAAUUGCAUUACAAAUACCCCCAGCAUUGCAUUGAAUUUGUAAUGCUGAUUUACCUACUUGAGAAAGAGACUUGUAAUGCAUAUAUGCAAUUACUACGAGUACGAUACUUCUGCACAGGAUAAAGAAACUUUUCGUGCAAUGGACCGAGGGACCGCAUACACCAGAAGCAGUGCCGCACUUCUAUGGCAGUCUCAAACGUUACAUUCUCAACUGUUACAUGAAUUUGUAAUGCAAGAAUGGCAAAAGCCAAAAGGGGAAGAUUGCAAAAAUUGCAUUACAAAUCCCGCGCAGAUUUAGGUAGUGUUUAGCCUUUCGCAAAUUUGUCAUGCGAAGCAGCUUGAUCUUGUGGAUGAUGAUGGUAGUUUUGCAUGACAAAUUCAUGCAACAGCUGAGAAUGUAACGUUUGAGAACUCCAUAACUUCGACACCUACGCCGGCUCCGGACCGGGUUCGGCUUUCUCGCACCCAGGUGGAAGCAGCCCUUCACAAGGCCUAUGCAUUGCAAAAGUAUCGUACUAGUGCAACUUGCAUCACAAAUUGACUAUAGCACUCCAGAUUGAAUUUGUAAUGCGGGUUUGCCUUUUUAAGAAAGAAUGCAUAAACGCAAUCAGUACGGAUGCGAUACUUAUUUUGCACAGGAUAAGGCCACUACCCGUACGACUCUUCCAUCACUGGCGUGACUUUGAAAGCGUUCGGGUCGGAGUUGCCGCCGGAGAUUAUCACCGCCGUGCACCAAGAAUUUGACUCCAACCCGGCGUUUUAUCUCGAGACCUUCACCGGACACUUGCAACACGUGUUGGGAAUGGCCACGUUGACGGAUUGGGGAAACGGGGCAGAGGGCAUGUACGGGUCGGGAUCUGCAGCGAUGUUGAACGAAACGGCAAGUACUGCAGGUGGCGCAGCUGCUGCUGCCCCUGCCGGUGCACCUGUGGUCUUUUUGAACCAGGGUGCUGAUGAGAAGGGUUCAGGAAACACCAAGACUACCACUACCUCAUCUUCGCAUUUACAGCAACAAAAAGUGCUGGACUCGAAACAACAGCAUGCGGCCACUGAAGAAAGCAAGAAACAAGUCCCAGCGCCAGCUGCACCAGUCGUGUCUGGUGGGAGUGGGUCAACCUCAUUUCCCCUCUCUCCUUUCCCCGAUGUGGAAAUCGAACCCGAUUUCGAGUUGGAAAUGGACGUCGCUUUCUUGCCCCUGUGCAAGCAGAAGCUCACCCACACGCUGCACGACUUACAUCUCCACGCAACCCAAGUCGAGACGAAGCGGCGGUUUCAAGCGGGCUGCGAGGAGGGGUUGAAGGGCCCGUUGGCAUUGCAAAAGUGCUUGGAGUUUUCGGACUUCGUCGUGCACCACGUUUUGCCGGAGGAGGAUGCGGGGAAAAAGGCGACGGCGAUCAGUAUUUUACACGUUUAUGGUGCUUGGGUUUGUUUGUAAUGCAAAAUUUGCAAUAAAUCCAGAUCCGUUUGUCUUGCAUGACCAUGACCUCCUGGUGGAGAACAAAAUCAAUGAAAACCAGCUCACGGCUGCACGUUGCUGUGCUUGCGAAAAUUCGGCCCGGAUCCGAGGUGUCAAGAACCGAUUGCGGCUGGGAGCAGUAUCAGAAGAAAAUAAACUUGAAGAUGAAUUCGGUCGUGGGUGGGAAGAGGAGUUGUUGUUUGUGAAGAUGUUGCAGAAAUUGCCUUUGAAUGCAUCAAAUAAAGCAAAACGCUUGUCGUGCUGCUGAAAAUUGCAUUUAGAAAUUGUGUAUCGUUAUCCUACUCUCCCACAUGACCAAUCAGUGCACUCAGUUCUUCUUCUUUCCGCUUCCAUACCCCGCGGCAGCGGGUCCUCUGGUGCGACAGCAGCAACGACAGGCAGCGGUCCCUACGACCUAGCGACGUCGACGCCGGAGGAGGUCGCGAAUUGGAUUGAAAAUGAGGAAAAGGAAGACUCGCAGAUCAUCUCCUCCCUGCCAACCACACCGCGGGAACACGAAUUCGUCCGGACACCGGAGCCGCACGUGAAUGACGGGACCAUUUUGGACGACGACAUGCAGUAUCAAAUGUAAAAAUGUCUGGGUCUGGGAGGAUGGAACUUGUGAUGCUAACUUUGGACUCUAAAAAAAUCUGUAUUGCAUGACCAGCUGCAAGAGGAGUCUAGUUUGUGCUACGCGGGGAGGGCGUAUGUCAUGCGGAGUAGGCAUCAGGAAGGGUUCUAAAAGUCUGUGAUGGUAGGGCAUGCAUCACACACAAUCCUGGGUCAUGUAAAACAUGCAUGACAAAUCUCAGAAUCUUCCAGACCCAGACAUUUUUACAUUUGAUAUGCAGAAGAUGAUGCACGCAGAACAACCGGGAUCUGGGGGUGCUGCGGGAGCUGUUACAACGCCAAGUGCUGGAACUGCCUGAAGAAGUUGGAAAGAGAAAAACUGGAGAACCUAUCCUGUGCAAAAGUAUCGUACUCGUAGUAAUUGCAUUUGCGCAUUACAAAUGUUCUUCUGAAGGUAAAUCCGCAUGACAAAUUUUAUUUCUCAUGCUGAGGGAAUUUGUCAUGCGUUUAUACGAGUACGAUACUUUUGCAGUUCAUAGAACCAAAAUUGCGACAAUUUGGAGAUGGAGUUGAAGCAGAAACUGGUGCGAGCAAACUGUGCCAUUGAUGCGUGAACUUGAUGUGGCGCAACGAUGAUGAACACCAUCACCGAAUUUUUUUUUCCGUUUCUUGCCGAGCAGGCUUCAGCCAUCACACAUAAAAGUCGCGCGGAGUCUGCAACAAAGCGAGAAUCUUCAUCAUCUUCAGAAGCUCCUGUGCUGUUUUUCAGGCAGUGCUAUUUGUUCAUCCGCCUUGAGAAACAAGAUGAAGUUGAAGUGUUCUUCGCACGGGCGGCAGAAAAUAUAUUUAAAUCGCGU